CCAUUAAUUCCGCCAUUUCAUUCGCGUUACGCUUGGUGAAGACGUCGAAGUAGGAAUAAAGUUACAAAAAGCCGUUUUUUCAACUUUAAAGCGCGAAUUGAACGGAUACCUGUGACUAGGAAAAAGUAAUUAUGGUCGACAUGGAAGAUAAGGAUAGAAGCAGUAGGGAUCGUUCUCGUCGUGAAAGACCAUCGCGUUUCUCCGAAGGCAGUCGUGACCGAAGUGCGGAUCGCGGAAAAGAUCGUGGUGGAAUGAAAUCGUCGAAUUGUCGCGUUUACGUCUCGAACAUCCCAUACGAAUAUCGCUGGCAAGAUUUGAAAGAUCUCUUCAGAAGUCAGGUAGGCGACGUUGCUUUCGUCGAACUCUUCGUCGAUGAAAAUGAUAAACCGCGGGGUUGCGGUAUCGUCGAAUUUUCCGAGUCCGGUUCGGUGAAGAAGUGUUUGGAGGUGAUGCAUCGGUUCGAAUUGAAGGGGCGCAAGAUUGUUAUUAAGGAAGAUUUCGGAAAUGCAAGGGAUAAGUUUGGGAAUUUGAUUGGUACAAAACGAAAUAGGGAUCGAGAUAAUGAUAGGGGGGACAGGUUUAGGGAAGAACGAAGGGGUGGUGGUGGAGGAGGAGGAGGUGGCGGCGGCGGCGGUGGCGGCUUCGAUGGUGGACGUCAAGAUGAUAAUAAAUGGGGAAAUACAUAUGGGUUAAGUCCACAAUUUUUGGAUGGUUUGGGUAUUCAUUCCCCAUUGACUAAUCGAAUUUUUGUUGCUAAUUUGGACUACACGGUUGAAAAGAAGAAAUUAAAAGAAGUUUUCCGUUUGGCGGGUAAGGUCCUAUGGGUGGACAUGCCCUUAGAUAAAGAUGGUCGUUGUCGUGGCUUCGCUGUUAUUGAAUAUGACCACCCAGUUGAAUCGGUUCAAGCGAUUUCAAUGUUCCACAAUCACGAAUUGUUUGGUCGUCCAUUGACGGUCCGAAUGGAUCGCAUUCCGGACAAAGAAAAACUUCCCGAAGGUCUUAAAUCGAUCGGUAUGGGUUUGGGUGUGAACGGUCAAGCUUUGAAAGAUGUUGCUCAUAAUUUGCCCUCUUCAAAUUCGUCGAAUAAUAAUCAAUUGUCGAAUUCUGGGCCUGGUAUACUCGGUGCAGUUCCGAAUUUGAUGGGUAUUAACGCCGGGGCUCCUCUAAAUAAUUUAAAUAGCGUCGCUUCGGCUUUGGGGAAUUUGGGGACAACGUCUGCGGCGGUUCUUCAAGCGGCCAAUUUGGCUAAUUUACCAAAUAAUCUCCUCGGAGGUGGUGAUUUAAGCGGUAUUGCGGCUAAUUUGGUUUCUAACCCUUUAGUACAGAGCCAGUCGUUAAGUAACUUGAACGCUUCUAAUUUGAGUCAAGCGGGAGGCUUUAACAGAAACGAUUCGUUCACGUCCCAGUCCUUGGGGGGUUUUCAAGGCAGCGGAGGAGGUGGUGGCAAUAAUCAAAUGAGCACAUUUAAUUCCGGAGGAGGUGGUGGAGGCGGCGGCGGAAAUAGAAACUUCCAAAAUUUUGAUGGGUCGAAAAAUUCCGGUUUUGGAGGAGGAGGAGGAGGCGGUGGUGGUGGAGGUUUUAAUCGGGGGAAUGACCGCGAAAAUAGUGGCGGAGGAAGUGGAGGGUUUAACGCGGGGAUGCGUAGUCAAAAUCAACAGAGCAAAACUGGGUAUUCAAAUAAAAUUCUUAUCAGCAACCUUCCGCACACCGCUGGGUAUCAAAUGUUAAGAGACAAAUGUUGUGAGUUUGGCGAGGUCCAAAGGGUUGAGGAUAAAGGAAACGGAAACGUUUUGGUCGGCUUUGCAAAUGAGUGGGAUGCAGAAAGAGCUAUAAAAAAUAUGGACAAGGCGAGAAUUGAUGGGAGAACUAUCGACGUCCGCUUCUACUUUUAAUCAACGCCGAAAUUCCAACAAAAAAAUUGUUUAUUAUGAGAAAUAAAUUAAUCUUAGUUUUUAGUUUGUGACCGGAUCCGUCGGUAAGAGACAUUCUUAGUUCAUCCACGAUUAGUAAGCGUUUUUCAACAAACGACAAAGAGUUUCUUUAAAUGUUUUGUGUCAUAGUGUUUUCGUUUUGAUGUUUAUAAUUUGUCUUUUCAUAUAAGUUUUAGUUUUAUACUAAAAUAUUGCAAAUAAAUGGUACUUCUAAUAAAAAUGCAAGUUUAAGAUAUUGUUUAGUUUUUAUUUCUUCUUCAUAAAUACAUGUUGAAGCUAAAACUAUGAAAAAUGUGGAUAAGUUUGGAUUUGUAUUAGGGAAAAUAAAAGGAUAUAAAUUUUACAAUUAAAGUUAUAUUUUUGUGUAAAUAAAUUAUGAAAUCUAAAAUA